AUGUUCCUCGAGAGACAUUUUAAGCCGUACGCGAUACCUGCCAUGGUGUGGGUCUGUGCCUUUGUGCUUACAAAACGGUUCCCAGGUCUCCUGCAAACAUUGAGCAUGAGGUUCCCGUCAGACGAAACUCCUCUAACACUAGCUAACUUGAACACUAGCCGUUGCGAUCCGGUUCCUCCCGAUGGUCUGAACAGCGUAGGGUCCACGUCUUUUAAUGGUGCUUCACAAGAUGCUACACGGGUUAACUCGCUGCGCUUUCCACUACAGUUGCUCCGCUUCUGUGUUUCCCUGCUUCGCUCGACGGGAUGGUCUGUGGAAUCGAACGCUAGGAAUCGAUCUUACCGCCGUGCUUUCAUCAUUUUAGCUACAUCCAUGACCUCACUUCUUAUCCACACGAGCAGGUGGAACUUGCUAAAUAGCAUCAUUGUCUACGCCUACACCCUUUCUAUUGGAAAAAAACAUUUUCAGCGCUACGAGGCUGUGACGGAUGUGAUUGGUGGAUUUCUUGGCGCCACACUAACCAACAUCUUCCUGCAUCUCCAUGCGCCAUCGUUUAGUCCCUUGAAGCAACGUUUACCGCCCCGAUCCGGUUUGCUGGGGGAACGGCCGUUUCUUUUGGGCAUUGGCUCCGCGCUUAUAGUUAUGCUUGCCACGCUUUUCCCUUUCCAUAGCUUUUCUUCAUACUUCCUCACUCCUGUCUCAUCAAGGUCUUUGCAAGACUCGAUCGUUAGAGGAGCUAGUGAUGAUCAAGCAGAAGUUUCUUCCCCAGUGGCGCGUGCAUCGUCGUCGGUAACAAUCGCAACAACAAAUGAGAGUGGUCGAAUAACCAGUCCCGAGGGUAGCGCGUCCUUUUCUCAUCCAUCGGCAGCUUGCUUCACAACCUAUGUCUGCGGUGGAGAGACUUUUUCAUACGCGCUGUCUGGGUUUCGCUUCAUUUACCGGUCGGAUGUUGCACAGCUGCGUGGUGCCGUAUGGGGUUACUGGAUAGAUUGGCUCCACAAUUACUCCACGGAUAUGCGAGCCCCAUGGUGGUUGUCUGGAUUUGCGAGAGACCUUUUGGGUACUGGCGAAGUAGAAGAAACAACUUCGGUGCCCAGAACGGCAUUUUUUACAUCAACCACUUCACAAGAUCUUCACCAUAUGAACGCACUCGCCUUUGUCAUGGGAGCUGGUGUUGCGUGGGUAGCAAAGCUCAUCCCAAAGCUGUCUUUGGUGAACUCCUUCAUCGGCCUUUUCUAUGAGCUGCCGCCUCCACCCAUUGCUAUCCCGAGUGGGCUUAUGGAUUCCGUACUUACUGAUUUGUCGGUAGUACGCGUUUGCAAGCCUUGCCUAUGGUGCCCAUCAAGUGUCGCUAUUAACUUACAUCCUGAUGAGCAUAGUGAUACGAAGGUAAGUAAUAGCCCUCCCACAAGUACGCCUGCAUCAGCGGUUUGCAACGCAGUAUCUGAAGCUUAUAUCGACAUACCCGUUCCACCAGAGUGUUUUUGUCCGAUUACACGAAAUAUUAUGCGUGAUCCUGUCACGACUGUGGAUGGUUUCACAUAUGAUCGCGAAGCUAUCGAGGAGUGGCUGCAUCACCGGAUCUCCUCUCCCAUGACAAACCUACCCCUUAAGUAUGUAACCCUUGUAUCUAAUCGACAGAUUUAUAGAAAAGUGCAGGACGUAGUCGCAGCUUACAAUGAUGCAAUUCGAGUAGAGUAA